AUCCCCAGCCAUGGUCAUUUCUGGAGACCAAUACCUGAUGGGUUCUCCUACGGAACUGAUCUCGUGAAGUUCAUCAGAGAACUUUAUGGAGACUAUUUCACCAUCUGUGUGGCAGGUUAUCCCCACGGUCACCCGGACUGUGCCAGCUACGAUGAGGAUAUUCAACAUCUGAAGGAGAAGGUGGACGCGGGUACAGAUUUCAUCAUCACGCAGCUGUUCUUCGAGGCCUCAACUUUCAUCAAGUUCUACCAUGACUGCAGGAGGAUUGGGAUUACUGUUCCCAUCAUGCCAGGAAUACUGCCCACUCAGGGCUACAGAGGUCUGCACAAUCUGACAAAGCUAUCGAAACUGGAGGUUCCUCGAAACAUCAUGGACGCCAUCUUACCAAUCAAAGAUGACGACGCAGCGAUCCAAAAGUUUGGCAUCAGUUUUGCCGUCAACGUGUGCAAAGAGCUACUCAAUUAUGGACUGGUGAGAUGUCUAUUUCUUCACUUAUUUUACCUCUCUCUCUGUCUCUCCUUAUGUACAGGUGAAUGGUCUACAUUUCUAGUAAUAAUAAUAGUUUUCGCUCUCAUUUCUAUCCUCUUUCAUCUUUUCCGCUAUCUUGCUCAAACCUUUCCUCUCUCACUCAUAACUUUCGUCUUUCCCCCUAUCGUGCUCCUCUUAUAUCUCUAUCUAUCUCCAACAUAUCCUUCACUACUCUAUAUCUCUAUCUAUAUUCCUCCUCCCCCUCCAAGGUAUGUGGUGUGAUGACCCGCUGUCACUGAAGACGUUGCCAUGGAAAGCUCCAGCCAGUCACAAGAGGUGUGCCGAAGACGUCAGACCAAUCUUCUGGGCCCAGAGACCCAAGAGCUACAUACACAGAACCAAAGAAUGGGAUGAUUUUCCCAACGGUCGCUGGGGCAACUCGUCCUCCCCGGCGUUCGGAGAGCUGGCCGACUACCACUUGUUCUACCUGCGGACUCGCUGGAAACCGGAGCGACUGCGGGUCAUGUGGGGGGAGGAGCUGAACUGCCCCGAGGACGUGUUCCAUGUCUUUGAGUGUUACCUCACCGGCAACAGGAACAAGAACGGAGUCAAGGUGACCAGUCUCCCGUGGAAUGACGACGAGCUCGCCAUGGAGACGUCUCUGCUGACUCAGCAGCUGGCGGCCAUCAACCGUCGCGGAGUCCUCACGAUCAACAGCCAGCCUGCCGUCAACGGUCGCAGCUCCUCUGAUCCCGUGGUCGGCUGGGGGGAGAAGGGAGGCUUCGUCUAUCAAAAGGUAUGUGUGUGUACUUACCU